AUGGCGGAAUUUCAGCAGCCCUGGGACAGCUACAACGAUCAUGGAUUGGAGAUCUUGAGCGAUGGGACGGACAUCGAAUCAAUCUCGGAGUUGGAGUCAGUAUACUCUGCGACCGAAUCGGACAAGAACUUCAUUGCUGUCGAUGACUAUAUCGCACCAGAAGAACCGGACCCUAGUUAUUCUCCAAGUGACUCAGAAUCGUCAUCGUCACAAUCAUCUCUGGAUAUUGCUGAAAAUUACUCAUCCACUAUUGGGGAAGCCUCGGAGGUCAACCUCCUUGCGGAAAGACACCAAUGGAUACGGGGGGAACUGAAAAAGCAGGUCUUGAUCCAGUGUUGGGUUGAUGACACUCGCGUCCAGAGCCUCUUAGAACUUCUACAUGUGUUGCAUACCUGA